CCCGACUUGAUAACGAACUGCGCAACACAUCGCCCCUCUUUGCACUUUGCUAGACUUGAAAUCCCCACUUGAGAGGAGGAGUGCUGUGAAGUCAAAGUGCGACCGAUUUCCCUCACCCCCACCCACCCACCUCAGCUCAGCUCAGCUCAGCCCAGCCCAGAGAAUGAGGCGAACCUGAGCUCAAGAGGCAAACGAACGGGCUGUUGCCAUUCAAUUGAAUGUUCACAAGUGCCUCGAAAUGGGGAAGCGUACAUGAAAUUCACUCCGCGUGAACAGGAAAAGAGGACAAGCAGCUGCAAAGAACCGCCGAAUACAACACUACCUGGCCGUAUCCAAUAAAGUCUGAGAAGCAGGAUGUUGUCUUGGCUAAGCGAGCGUCUAUGGGCAGAUUGGAUUUGGUUUCCCGAAGGCUUCGGUUGGGCCGACCUCAAGGACCCCGAUGUGGUCCUACCUCAGCUACCGGACCUUUGGGCUUUCAUCCCUAUUGCGAUCUGCUUCCUGGUCAUCAGACCCGUAUUUGAAAGGUGGGUAGCAAUCCCUUUGGCGUCCCUGCUGGGAGUGAAAGACAAAAGGCGUGUUAGUCCUCCUUUGAAUCCUUUACUGGAGGCCCACUUCUGCAGCAUGUCGAAACAUCCCACACAGGGCUCCUUAGAAAAGUUAAGUAAACAAACGGACUACUCGGUGCAACAGGUCCAACGAUGGUUCAAACAGCGGCGGAACCAGGACCGGCCCAGCAAGAUUAAAAAGUUUCAGGAAGCCAGUUGGAGAUUUACCUUUUACUUUUUUGCUUUCUUUGCUGGCCUGGCAACGCUUAUUGACAAACCAUGGUUCUAUAAUAUGAAGAGGAUGUGGGAUAACUUUCCCAAAAUGCCGCUGGAAGCAUGUCAGUACUGGUACUACAUGAUUGAACUGGGCUUCUAUGUGUCCCUGCUGGUGAGCGUAGCGUCUGACGUCAAGCGUAAGGAUUUCAAAGAGCAAAUAGUUCACCACGUUGCCACCAUCGUGCUUGUCGGCUUCUCCUGGCUGGUCAACUACAUCCGGGGAGGGACUUUGAUCAUGUUGGCGCACGAUGCCUCUGACUAUCUCAUGGAGUCAGCCAAGAUGUUCAACUACGCCGGUUGGAAGAGGACGUGCAACUUCAUAUUUGUUGUCUUCGCGCUCGUCUUCAUCAUCACCCGCCUGGGAAUUUUCCCUUUCUGCAUCAUACACGCCACCUUGGUGUACCCCAUGACCAUCUACAAGCCCUUCUUCGGCUUCUACUUCUUCAACGGUUUGCUGCUGUUGCUGCUGGCUCUGCACCUCUUCUGGGCGGCGCUCAUAGUACGCAUGGUCAUCAAGUUCCUCCCCGGCAACGGCAUAGUUGAGGAUGAGCGGAGCGACAAAGAAGAGACCGAGUCGGAAGACGAAAACUGCGGCGGCGAUAGAACGUUGAAAAACGGUCACCUUCACAACGGCCAUACGCGGCUCAACAACAACCGGCAAAAAAAUGGACGCUGAAAGCACUGCACUGCAAGGUCAGGAAGCCGAAGCCUUGCGUGCGCCUUGAAAUCCAGACAAUAGUAGUGACGACACAAAAACAUUUCUUACACAAAACAAAAUAAACAUCAUAGACAGCCCCCGUUCUGAUCAUUGAAGGAAAUUGACCAAGGAACAAUGGAGACCAUGAUUAUGUGCCCUUGGUGCUGAGGUCUGUUGGUCUUCAUUUUUUUUUUUUUCUUCUUCAUCACAUGUAGUUGUUGCCACACUGUCUGUAGCUUCAUCGCAUGUUACUGGAAGUGUUUUUGUUGUUGUUGUUGUUGUUGUUGCUGCUGAGGUUCAGCCGGACGGCGUCGGUUAACACACCUCUAAGUAGUAUUGCCUGACUAAUUUUCACUCUAGCCAGUGGUACAAAUAGGCAGUUGUUAGGAUGGACCAUUACCUUGAUUUAAGUCAAUAUACUGACACCUAAUAGAAAGUUUGUUGCAAUUAGCAAAAUACUGAAUGGCAAAUAAGAAUUUGCGAAAGUGAGCCGCCGAGGAGGUCGGAGUUGCUUUGCCUUUUUUGGCAACAAAAUGUGCGUCCGCAGUCCAAAAUCAUUUUAACAUGUGGAUUUUUGUUUAUGCAUAAUGUCUAUUUUUAGUUUUAUGAUUGUAUUUUUGUUAUGUUUGAUUUUUUCCAGUCCUGCUUAAAUGACAAAAGAGUUUGGCGUAACUCAAACCGAAAUAAAACGUUCUGUCUUUAUGGGCUGGAACAGAGUCGGUAAAUUAUUUUUUUCCCCCCCAGUGUUUUCCGUAACCAAAAAUGCACUUUAUGGAUCCGUUGAAUGGUAGUCGGACCAGACCAGACCAUAUGUAUAGGGUUCUAUUUGGAUCACAAUCUGAUUCAUUUUCAGCAGAGGUUUGGCUUGGUUUGCUCUUUUGUCAGUGUUUUGGUUGUAUAUUCACAAAAAGACUUUGAUUUGACGUGUUUCAAGGAACCCUUUACCAAAGUGUGGUUUACAAGUGCCUUUAUCGUUUGGAUUGCGAGUUGUUGCUAAACGCCAACUUUUGUGCCCCCAUGUGUCACUUCAACCUGCUCCUUCCAAACAGCUUUGCCUCUAAAAAAAAAAAAAGUGUUUUUUAGUCUGUUGUUUUGCUGAUGUGUAAUAUUAUAAUGAUGAUCAAUACAAUAUUUGUGUAAAAAUA